AUGAUCGCGAUGUGGCGCAGGGUGUGAUGGAGAAAGGGAAAAAUUGCUCCUUGGAGCGUGAACUCCGCGUUGUCUCAGAAUCUAUGGAUAUUUCAGAUUGAUGAGGCCUCCGCCGUCCCGAAACGGCACGGCUUGACCCCGGACAAGGUGACUUUUCUCUCGAUGAAAACACGCGUUCUUGUUGAAAUUCCUCGCAAGUUUUUCAAAUGUGCAGGGCACUCCAAAAACGUGAUUGCUUUUUGAAAGUCGAUUGAAAAAUCAUCCGCUAAACUAUAUGAAAAUGAGAAAGAUGGCGGAGCAUAUUCAGUUGGUAGGGCUCCGAGAAAUUCACCGAUUUAAUAAAGUUAAAGAAUAGACACAGGAGUUGAAAAACCUUGAGCCUUCAUUUCCUGAAAACGACCUAUGAAGUUUGGUAAGUUUCUUCGAAGUUCCUUCAGAAAAAAGAAGAGAAUAAUUCCUGAGAAAAGAAAGUUCGGAACUUUGAACAAAAAAACAGUUGAAGAACUUGAAAAAUGAUUCGCCCAUGUAUGUUGAAAACGAUUAUGCAGGAACUUGUUCGAGUCAAUAAAAAAAUAAACUGAAGGAGAAAGCGCAGCUGCCCCGAUAAUUAAAUAUAACAUUCGUUCAUAUUUUAGCGCUCCGAUUGUUUCAGUGGAUCCUUCAAUGGUUUUUCGAUGAGAUUCCUUACUCGGAAGCAGAAGGAAGAAGAAAUAGUUGAGCUAUCCAGUUAGGCGAAAAGCAACAAAGACCAGCAUGAUUUGAAUACCAAAGAGCCGAAACAGUUGAAGGAGAUCAGUAGCGCCAAACUACUAACAGAUUAGACACCUUGACAUUGUUAUAAUAUGACGAAAAGCAAGAACGAGGAAAUCGAGUGCUAAUUCUCACACUAAAGCAAAAAAUAGCUGACUCAAUUCAACUGACGAAUAAAGGAUUUGCGAGGUUUCUCGAGGUGACACCAGCAAUUGUAGAGAAUGAGAAGUUUCGUGGGCGAAACUGAUCCCGCCAAAGAUUUAUUCAAUUCUUCUCUUCAUAGAUAAAUUAUCUUUAAAUUUUUCUUCUUGACCCGCCCUCGAGAGAUAAAUCUCGCGAGAAGGAUGUGGAGGCUUCUUCUGGUUGUUUGUCGUGGCAAGUUGCGGCACGUCAAAACGCCGUCCGCCGAGGAAUCUCCGCCAAGGCGAGACGAAGACGAACGGACCGUCGGCCAAUGCAUUUGA